CGCCUUUGAAGCGUUCUGCAGAGCGGGGUCAAGAACAGAUCGGCCCAUCCGACCGAACAGACCUUCCGAGCGUCCUUUGGCCGGGUUUUGGGCUCAAUCCAGGCGUUUCACUCCGUUUCACCCAGAAGUCCUGACGUAUCUGCGGGGGCCUGACACUGGCCUCUUUUCGGCUAUGGGGCGUUUCAUGACCUCCCGCGCACGUGGAACUGCUGCGCGCGAGCCAGGACCUCUCGCUUCAGAGAAACGCUCUUUCCUUUGGGAGCGGUGGAAGCAGCAAAAGUCCGAACGUGGUGAUGCUAGAGCUGUGGAGAUUGAAUUGGAAGAUGAAGAAGCACCGCUGUUGUCUCUACAGGACCAACCCCGUGCAGGGAUUCAGGUGGUCGCCAAGAUCGUUUGGCCCAAGGAGCUGGGGUAUGAGCCGAACGGCCGGAUGAGGUUGACUACGGACUUCGGAUUGCUCGUCUCAUUGGAGUUGAAAGAAGGCGACGUUGGCCUCCAUUCAGUCCUAAAGCUGGCUCCGGACAAGCGAGUCAAAGAAGAGCAGACCCAGACAUUCUCCUUCUACCUGGGGCCGGAGGAGGAGAUUGUUGGACUUUCAUACCAUGAGGUCAUGGAAGGAGAGGGUUCUUUGUACUACCACGUGCACUUGAUUCUGCAGAAGUGCCACACUGCAGAGACGUGGAGGGAGCCGCUGAGCCGGCACAACUUGUGGCCAGUGCCCACCCAUGCAGGCCACCUUCGUGAUCUCCCCAAGGGCAUCAGCAAGAAACUACUCAAGAAACUUGCAGAAGAUGGGGCGGAGCCUGCUAAGGCUAUCCAAUGCCUGAGGUUUCUGAAGGGGAAGGAGCAAGAUCACCUCACUGGUGUGCUCUACACGAACAGUUCAGGUUGCUGCGACAUUCUUGGCCUAACUGGGCAGAGCAUGGGUUUUUGGUUGGAACUCAUUCUUUUACACUUUGGUUUGCCAUACAUGGACUUGGUCCUGGACAUCAUGCAGCUACGGCUGUUUGCCACCACUGGAAUGUAUGACUAUGUGCUCUUCAAUUUGACAGGACUAGCCCUUCCAGUUCUGAUCUCAAUCCGCCACGUGUUGGAAUUCUUUUCGCAGAGAAACCCAGAGCUGGAUGUCCUGGAAGCAGGUGGCAGGUACUGCGCUCCGUGUCUGGCCAUUGCAAUGGUGCUAGCAGUGGUCUUGCAGAUGCACAUUGUGUGCCUCACAGUUUGGUCCGCAUCCAUGCGCAAAAUGCAUCCGCUUCUGGCGUGUGUCAAGUCCGCCGAGGUGGGUGAAGCUGCUGUCUCGGCAGUAGUGCAGAUGAACUUCCUCGUUUGCAUGCUUGCUGGUGUGGAUGCCUUCAGCACGUUAGACUUGGACACCAGCCAAGUGUGGAGACUGGGAGCAUCAAUCUGCAUCUCUUGCUUCUCUCUUGGCCUCGCCUUUGCGAGCAAAGACACGGUGGGGUCGAAGGUGUUGGGGUUGCCAGGCAAGCUCGAAAUGGCACCUGAGCCAGUGUUAGCAGGCCUGGUGGUUGUUCGUGCUCUGGAAGUAGCUUCCAGAAUCCUGUCCAUCAAUGUCAUCCACAUCUCGACGAGGAUGCGCUCUAUUUCAGUUGGAGGCCCUGUCGCCAUCUUGCUUUUGCUGCUGACAUCGUGUUUGCUGCUGAAUGAAGGAGGAGUACCCGACUACAUCGCCGGUGUGAUUGGCCAUCCCGGUCAAGUGCUAGAGCAGACAUCACUCCUCUCCAUUUACAGGUCCUUACUGGUUCAUUGUGUGUUGAUGCUUGUCGCAUUGGGGCUACAACUGGCAGCGAGACCGGCCGAUUCGGUAUUUGAUGAUGCCAAGGUGAUGCCGGACUGGUUGAUGGGCCUUUGGCUGAGCACCGGCAUUGUGAGCACUGUCAGCCUCAUUGCCUUCGCACGGCACGGCUCUCAAGUGGAACACCCCAUCUUUGUUGGCCUGAAGCAGAAGGGCGCGAACGUGGACUACUUGUCCUAUUCUGCCCUGGCAGCUGAGCUCCAAAACAAUGAGGUGCCGAAAGCUGCCAUGGAAGCUGCAGCGGCCGUGUGCUGCAUCGAUGCCGAUUUGCAGAACGGACAUUUGGAUCCAAAGUCUUCCAAGACCAUAGCAGCCAUCGUCGCUCCAGUGCGACAUAUGCGCCGUGUCUCCAUACGUUGUGAUGCAAUAUCACAGCUGGCAAAAUUUGUGGCAGGCAGCCUCCUUGAAUCGCCAGCCGCCAUGACAAGAGCUGAUUCCCAAAAUGAUGUCCUGCAAGCCAUGUGCAAUUGCCAGUGGGGUACUUCACAGCCUGCUCAGACGCAGACAUCGACAUGGCCAGCAUCCCGUGGUGAAAGCGGUGAAAGCAUUCGUCAGGUGGCGGUUGCAUUGGUGAGUGUUCUGGCGGUCUCAAACGUACUAGAGGAGUUGCACUUGGUCGAUUGCCGUUUGAUUCCCCAAGACGCCUGGAUGAAGCUGUGCAAUGCCAAAUGGAAGCAGCUGCAGAAGGCUGAUUUCACAGGGUGCUUUGAUCGGGGGCGAGGCAAAGGUGCUGCAGCAUUGCUGGAGGUGUUGGCACAAUGCUCACAAUUGAAGGAGUUGCACUUGGUCCAUUGCAAUAAGAUUCCUGGCAAAGCCUGGAUGAAGCUGGACAAUGCCAAAUGGAAGCAGCUGCAGAAGGCUGAUUUCACAGGGUGUUUUGAUCGGAAAGUGGAGGAUGCUGAAGGCGCGGCCCCGUUGCUGCAGGCCUUGGCUCAAUGCCCAGAAUUGAAGGAGUUGCGCUUGGUCGACUGCUAUAAGAUUCCCAAUGAUGCUUGGCAGAAGCUGUGCGACUACAACGCGCAAUGGACGCUGCUGGAGAAGGUUGAUUUCACAAAGUGCUUCAAUGACUUCAGCAGAAGUUACUUCUUUGAUCAGCAGGAACCUGAAGGUGCAACCAUCUUGCUGCAGACGCUGGCCCGAUGCCCAAACUUACAGGAGUUGUCGUGCGGCGACUGUAAUGCGAUUUCUCGCGCCUGGAUGAAGCUGUGUGUGGCCGAAUGGAAGCAGCUGAAGAAGGCUGAUUUCACUGGGUGCUUCAAUCGGGCCAGGGCAGCUGACGGUAGCGUUGCUGUGCUGAAGUUGUUGGCUGGAUGCGAACAAUUGGAGGAGUUGCAGUUGCGCUAUUGCAGCGCAAUACCCAGCAACGGCUGGAUGGAACUGUGCAACGCCAAAUGGGCGCAGCUGAUGAAGGCUGAAUUUUGGGAGUGCUUCCACGAUGAGACCCAGCAGGGGGCCAGAGGUGCAACAACAUUGCUGCAAGUGUUGGCUCAGUGCCCAAAGCUCAAGGAGUUGGGGUUGGGCAGGUGCACGAAGAUUCCAAGCACCGCCUGGAAUUGUUUGAGCGAGGCCAAUUGGACACAGCUGAAGAAAGCUGAUUUCACGGCGUGCUUUGAUGAUGAGAGAAAGGGAACUGAAGGUGCAGCAACGUUGCUGAAAGUGUUGCAACGAUGCAAGCAGCUGGAGGACUUGCGCUUCGGAGCCGGGUCCCGGAUCCCAGCCACACUGUGGGAAGAAUUGCGGGCAGGGAUUUGGCCGCAACUAUCUCGUUGCACUGGCGUCCCUCAAGAGGAACAGGCACGCCUCAGGGGCAAGGCCGAUGACGAAGGUGACCACUUGCCUGACCGAGCGAAGGAUCCAGAGGGGUCCUGCAAUCCCAAGCGGACCCCCGGCGGAUCACUGCGUGCGGACGAACUCAAUGUCAACGACCAAGACGGCGUUCCGAAAGGCGGAAGUGGGAGGUUUCACCUCCCAAAGCAUCUUACAGCAGCUGUGAUGCCACACCGAUUCGACGAGGCAGAGGAUUGUGCAAAAGAGGAGCUCCAGGCACUGGCCAGUUGCAAGGACUUGGAGGACCUGAACUUGAGUUCUUGCUCUGCGAUCCCUACCAGCGCCUGGGAGAAGCUGCGGGUGGCGCGAUGGGCGAAGCUGCAAAGGGCCAACUUCGAAUCGUGCUUCGAUGCCGAGAGCAAGGGCGUAGGAGGUGCAACAACACUGUUGCGCGUGUUGGCCGGGUGUGCUGAAUUGAAGGAACUAAACCUGUUCUUUUGCAGUGCGAUCCCCGCCGCAGCGUGGAAGAAGCUGAAAGUGGCGCGAUGGCCGAAAUUGGAAAAGGCCAACUUCGCCGGGUGUUUCAAUUCUGACAGCGAAGCAGCAGAGGUUGCGGACAUAUUGCUUUGCGUGUUGGCCAAGUGUGCCGAACUGAAGGAGCUGAACUUGAGUUCUUGCUUCAUGAUCCCUGCCGCAGCGUGGAAGAAACUCGAUAUAGCUUCAUGGCCGAUUUUGCACAAGGCAAACUUCGAAGGGUGCUUCAAUUUGGACAGCGUUGGUGCAGAGGGUGCAGCCACAUUGUUGCGCGUGCUGACCAAGUGUGCUGAACUGGUGGAACUGAACUUGUCGCGUUGCGACGCGAUCCCUGCACUAGCCUGGGAGGGUCUGCAAGUGGAGAGGCUGUGGCCGAAGUUGAAGAGGGCCAACUUGGAUGGGUGCUUGGUGAAUUCUGAUGGUGGGGGUGCAGAAGGUGCAGACACAUUGCGGUGCGUCUUGCGCACGUGUCCUCAACUGAAGGAGGCCUGGACGGCCUGGACGGGCGGGCCAGCUGUGGAGGACCGAGACUAAGGCGUCGAUCAGGUCUUUCCUGUGUGGGGGUGAGCCUGAAUUUGUUUUGACACCUAAACGGUGUGUCACAGAAUGCCACGAAGAGGAAGGCAGAGAAGUGGAACGCGGUCAUAUGUCUGGAGUCGCAACUGCAGGGUGAUUUCUGCAGUGCCUGGGGCGUUUUGAGGUGCAAAACGACGUAGGGUCAAGUGUCAUGGCUUUCCAUCGGGCAUGCAACAUAUGCAACGACCAUUUUGUUUUUUUGCAGGUCGCGACCGAGCCGUGAGCGAAAUGCAUGACCUUCUGAUUUGCAUUUCGGGUGAUCUAAG